CACCGGCCCUGUUCCCCUCUCCCGGGAGCGGUAGCAGACGCGCUGCUCCCACCCCCUCCCCUUCUCACGGGCUGUCCCCUCCCCGGUGGUGACCGCGGCCCGACCCUCUGCAAGGCGAUGGCCCGGGUCCCGAGCGCGGGCUAGCGUGCCUUGGUGCCCUGCCAUGGGCUGUACUGGCUCUCGGCGCCCAGCCGAUCAGGCAUUUCUGGAGACCACCAGCUGGCUGAGGCUCAGGGACAGAGACGGCUGCUCCAGCUAAAAGUGGCUUCAGACCCUGCCUGGGCUGUGGAGUGGAUCGAACUCCCACGAGGUAUCUCUCUGUCCUCCUUGGGAUCUGCUCGGACUCUCCGAGGCUGGAGCCGGUCCCCGCGUUCUUCUUCCGUGGACAGCCAGGACUUGUCAGAGGUGAAUGUUGGAGAUACAGUCGCGAUGCUGCCCAAGUCCCGGAGAGCACUAACCAUCCAGGAGAUCGCUGCGCUGGCCAGAUCUUCCCUGCAUGGUAUUUCCCAGGUGGUGAAGGACCACGUGACCAAGCCUACAGCCAUGGCCCAGGGCCGUGUGGCUCACCUCAUAGAGUGGAAGGGCUGGAGCAAGCCUAGUGACUCACCUGCUGCUCUGGAAUCAGCCUUCUCCUCCUAUUCAGACCUCAGUGAGGGUGAACAAGAGGCUCGGUUUGCAGCAGGCGUGGCCGAGCAGUUUGCUAUCGCAGAAGCCAAGCUCCGAGCGUGGUCUUCAGUGGACGGUGAUGACUCCACCGACGAGUCCUACGAUGAAGAUUUCACUGGGGGAACUGACACAGACAUGGCUGGGCCUCUGGGGUCCCACCUCCAGGACCUCUUCACCGGUCGUCGGUUCUCCCGGCCUGUGCGCCAGGGCUCUGUGGAGCCUGAGAGCGACUGUUCACAGACCGUGUCCCCAGAUACCCUGUGCUCUAGUCUGUGUAGCCUGGAGGAUGGGUUGCUGGGCUCCCCAGCCAGGAUGACCUCCCAGAUGUUGGGUGAAGAGCUGCUCCUUGCCAGACUGGCCCCCAGCCGGGAAAGUGCCUUCCGCAGCCUGGGUCCAUUGGAGGCCCAGGACUCACUUUACAACUCACCGCUCACGGAAUCCUGCCUUUCCCCUACCGAGGAGGAGCCUGAUUCUUGCAAGGACUGCCAGCUGCUCUGCCCGCUGCCUGUAGGCAGCUGGGAAAGGCAGCAGCAAGUCUCUGAUGUGGCCUCUUCUGGGGUCGUAUCCUUAGACGAGGAUGAGGUGGAGCCUGAGGACCAGUGAUCCAGACAUGCGCUGUGGCGGCAUGUUUCCUCGGGCUGCUGUCUAGGGCAGAGCCUCUGUGGCCAAAUGUGGGCUCUGAAGCUUAGACGGCUUCUGGGAGCACUCACUUCUCCAUUGUGUGUUUUGCAUGAAAGUGUUUGGAGAGGAGGCAGGGGCCAGGCUAAGGGGCGCAUGUCCUGCUUCCACUCUUGGGGUUUGCCGGGGCUUGCCCGGGGCCCCUGGGGCAUGGCUACAGCUGUGGCAGACAGUGACGUUCAUGUUUCUUGAAUCCAAAAUGCCACAUUUCAUCCUGGGAUGUGAACCCGAGGGGGCUGUUGUAGCUAGGCUGGGAGGGUGGGAAUGGAAGAAGCCCGGCCAUGCCUCCUCCCCCUCCCCUCAUGCCCGGCUCCUCUGCUUUUCCACGUGCAGUGCUUGACUGAACCACCUCCACCUGUGGGGCUGGCUCCUGCCCUCCCGGAGUCUACAAAUGGAGCCAUCCCCUAAGGGUCCCCUUGCCUACCUGGGCUCUGCUGUGCACCUCUCCAUUGUCUCUAAACCUUUUUGUUUUCCCUCAAGACAGGGGGUUUCUGGUCUGUUCUUUGAGCCGAUCUUUGGGAGGCACCGGAAAUGAUGAGUGUGCCCUCCCUCCUUUCCCUGCCCUUCCCUCCCCUCAAUCCUGGCCCUCUCCCAGCAUCCUGGCAAGGUUGUGUGGGCACAUGCAGAGUUCUCAGCGGGGUGCAACUGGAAAAAGGACUGGCUGCGGUUAUCGCGGAGGCGGGGGUGUGAUGUUCUUUCACAGAGGGCCACAAGGGGGCCACCUGGGUAGCCAGAUUUGUGCCAGUGAAUGGACAGUCAUGAGGGAGUGGCCAUCCUUGCGGGGAGGAAAGAGGGUAGUGCUUUUCUUGGCCGGAUGGAAGGCUGUACCCAGCGUUAGGGGACCCUGUCCCAGGCAGGGUGUUGCUGACAGGCAUUGGAGGCCUCUGGCAGAUCUGAUAUUGCCAGGGCCCUGGGUUGGGUUAGGUGGCUGCAGAAUGAAUCUGAGACUUGGGCAGGUAAGAGGAUCCAAGGUGAAAAUAUGAGCCAACAGCACAAAGUGUUCGAUACAUGAGUGGCUAAUUAGGUGUUUAUUCUAAUCAUUGUUUUAUUAAAUUAAUAUAAAAAUCUUUGUAAAUUUC